GGCCUGUCAGAGAUGAAGGGUUCAGAAAAUCGGCUUCCUCUGUUGUCGAGGCUGGGGUGGAUCUCUCGCCCCCUCUGUGAAUGUUCUACCACGUGACUCUGGGGAUAAGACGAGAAGUUGGACAUACAGCAGUUGAGCUCAAUGUAUUUCUGAUUUAGUGUGGUUGUGUCCGAUCAAUCUUCUAGAGGAGGUUUGCACGCAUGCCGCUAAGAUUUGGCGUUGGGAAUUACCGCUGCAACGUUUUCUGUCUUUCUUCCUUGCUUUCCACCCCCUGGUUCUUGUUGUUUGGAUUUAGUUCUUGAAUUAUCGACUUCAGUAACUCCACCCCUCUUCUCAAUCUCUUCUCGCUCCCUGGCCUUCCACUUUCCUGUCGCAAUGGCCACCGCCUCCGUCGCACGCAACGCCUAUCUUACCUGCUACAAUUCGCUUCAAUCGCUUGGCUGGGCACUCGUGCUUCUACGCCUGGUUAAUGAUAUCGUCGAGACUAAGUCGUUGCGGGGAGGAUUCUCAGCGGCCGGCAACGUCGUAUGUUUUCUCCAGUUGGCGGCCUUCCUAGAAAUCUUACACUCUGCUCUAGGUUUGGUGCCUACGGGCAUCCUCUUUGCAUUUAUGCAAUGGUUGGGGCGGAGUCAUGUCCUUUUCGCAAUCGUUGCCAAGAUACCUGAGGUGCAAGAGCAGCCCCCUAUUAUGAUCACCUUCUUAGCAUGGUCCGCAGCCGAGGUCAUACGAUACCCACAUUAUACACUUGGCCUCCUGGGUCUUUGUCCUCACUGGUUGACCUGGCUAAGGUACACAGCAUUCAUCGUUCUUUAUCCAAUUGGGGCGCUUUAUGGAGAAAUGCUAGCGAUGUAUUUAUCAUUGGAUUUCAUCAAGGAUCGGAACCUCUAUGCAAGCAGCUUCAAGUGGCUUCCCUUUGAUUAUCACUUCUUUGUUGUGUGGGUUAUGAUCAUGUAUCCUUUCCUAUGGUUGCUGCUGUACCUCCACAUGUUCCGGCAGCGUAGAUCCAAACUGACAAAGAGAGGGAGCGGCAGUAACAGGCACCAAACUGCUAUAUCUAAGCGAAUCGACUAGAUGUGCUGGAUUUUCCUGCAUGUUGUUCUUUUAUCUGUUUUUCUCAAAAAAAAAAAAAAAAAAAAAAAAAAAAAAAA